UGUUAUCAUCUCCUCUGCUUCGGUCUUCUUAUCUCGCUGCAGUUCUGGUCGCACCUGAGAAGUGAGAACAGACGACUCAGAAGAAGAAAAGAUGGCGAAGGGCAAGAAAGAGCUGCUGUCGAAAGCGCCGUGGAGAGGAGACGACGACGACGGCGAGGCCGACAAGUUCAAAGACGCUGAGCUCAAAGUCACCAAGCAACCUGGCUCCGACGCCAAAAUGCACCUUCCUCGCAAGAAGAACGGCCGCCCCUCCGACUACGAUGAAGACGACGACCAGCUCGAGAUUGACCCGGAGCUUCGUUACAGCUUCCACCGCAAUUAUCAGUUCCUUCAGAGAGUAUUUAGCAUUGACACAAUAGUGAAGCCACUCCCUCCUGCCAUGGCUUACAAUGCCUCCCGUAACUUGAGCUUCUUCACUCGCAUCUUCACUCAAUUCUUUGGUAAGUCUUGGACUUGGUUUCAUAUAUUAUCCAUUAACCACCCUGAAGGUAUUGCAAAUGCCCAGAAGUCGCUUGGGUUAGGCCAAGAAGAGAAAGCUCGCAACGUCCGUUGACAAGUGCGCUCUAUUAUCUUCCAGUAUUCCCUCUGUUCACCAUCUGUAAUUUUCAAGCAAAAUUAAGUAGUUAAUUUUGUGCUCUCAAAGAGGAGGGAGGUCCAGAAUACUAUUCUAUCAACUUCAUGCUUUCUGAACAGAGUUUUAAAAAUGCCAUGUUCUUCUAGUGCCGGAUUGAGAUCGGAUUCUUCUUGUUGUGAAUUCUUGUUCCUUGGCUUUGCCUUUAGCUACCAUGAGCAACCCCAGAUUUCAUUUUUGGGAGGGGUACAUCUUUCUUGCUAUAACCAGCCUUAAUGAGAGUAGAGCCAUGUAGGAGCCAAACAUUAGAACUGGUCUGGUUGGUUCUGGAGUUCAACAUAGGCUUGGAAUCGACUCAAAGCAAAGUAGGGAAGGAGAGUUGUUUGAGACCGCCAUAGAUAUGGCUUGGGAUGUUUUGCGUUUUGGUCGUGUUGAUUGCUUGUUCAUGGAGUUUUUCUUUAUACAGUUGGCUGCAGCUGCAGCUGCACUGCAUUAGUUAUGCCCCUGGACCUCUUGCCUAUGUAUCAUUCAUUCUCCUAACAAUCUAAAUCUUUUCAAUUAAGAUUCAUCAUUCAAGCUUCGUACUCGAAUAUCGCCUCACCGUUGAUUGAUCGUUGUAUGAUUCUAUUGGUGAUUUUUUGUUAUUUGUUU